AUGGCCGUCUCUCGCCGAGCUUUUCAGAAGUUCUUCCUCAAUGGCGCCUUACGCCCACUUGUAUCCCUCUCAAGCGCGUCUUCGACCAUCAAUCCUCUCGAUGUGCCGAUUGCACCUAAACAAUCACCCACCGUACCGCACUAUAUGAACAAUUCGACACACUCCAACUUUGGAACGCGAGGAAUGGUCACUCCUGGAGUCGUGAGCAAGCUUAGUGGCGUCAAGGUGCCUAUCUCCACAGCACCUGUUCAUACCGCGACGGAACCCAAACACGACAUGUUUUGCUAUCAAUGCGAACAGACACGGGACGGUAAGGGAUGCAUGACUGUGGGUGUCUGCGGCAAGGAUCCUGAGGCCGCUGCGCUUCAAGACCUCCUUAUUCACUCUCUGAAGGGAUUGGCUCAGUAUGCUACUCGUGCGCGUGAGUUGGGUCUUGAGGUCGGUGCCGAGGUGGAUUUUUUUGUGCAGGAAGCGGUUUUCUCAACGCUCACAAAUGUGAACUUUGACUCAGCCGCACUUCAGCAAUUCGUCACGGAGGCAAUUCGUCACCGCGAUGCUCUCAGGGCGAAGUAUUUGGGUGCUGGUGGGAAAGAGGACUCUGCCUUGAAAACUCAUCAAGCCACUUUUGAGCUCGGUGGAUCGCUUGAUGACAUUGUGGAACAGGGACGCGGAGUAGGCGUUGAGACACGUCGUGCGGGAUGGGAUGAAGAUAUUUUCAGCCUGCAAGAGCUGUUGGUGUAUGGUUUGAAGGGAACUGCUGCGUACUCGGCUCAUGCAUAUGCAGUGGGAAAGCGUGAUACGAAGAUUUCCGACUUCAUCUACGAGGCGUUUGAUUACAUUUCACGGCCAGCUGACCAGCAGACGGCUGAAGGCCUUCUUGGCCUUGCCCUCAAGUGUGGGGAGACAAACCUUCAUGCAAUGGAGAUUCUUAAUGAGGGCCAUUGCGAGAGCUUCGGCACCCCAGAGCCUACUGUCGUCCGGACUUCUCCUGUCAAGGGAAAAUGCAUCUUAGUAUCAGGUCAUGACAUCAAGGACCUUUACGAACUGCUUAAGGCAACAGAAGGAAAGGGCAUCAACGUGUACACGCACGGGGAGCUGCUGCCUGCCCAUGGCUAUCCCGAACUGAGGAAGUUUAAGCACCUUAUUGGCAACUAUGGUGGCGCUUGGCAGCUGCAGAAGAUUGAAUUCGCUGCUUUUCCUGGUCCGAUCCUAGUUACCACAAACUGUCUCUUGGAGCCGAAGCCAAGCUACGCUAAUCGCAUUUACUCGGCAAAUGCUGCUGGGCACAAGAAAGUCCAGCACAUUGAUGGACGACGGUUCGACCCAAUCAUCAAACAGGCACUAGAGAUGGAAGGAUUCGUUGCUGAGGCCCCUGAACGCACGGUUAUGACAGGUUUCGGCCAUGCUGCCGUUCUGAAAGCCGCUGAUGUCGUCAUUGAUGGUAUCAAGGAUGGACGCAUCAGCCACCUCUUCCUGAUUGGUGGCUGUGAUGGAUGGGAAGGCGAGCGCUCUUACUUCCGUGAUCUUGCACUCUCUCUGCCACAGGAUGCUGUGGUUCUGACUCUAGCCUGUGGAAAGUACCGCUUCAACCAUCAGCAGCAGCAGUUUGGCAACAUCACUGGUACCCAAAUUCCUAGGCUAAUGGAUGUUGGCCAGUGCAACGAUGCGUACUCGGCCAUCCGCAUUGCUUCUGCAUUGGCCCAGGCAUUCAACACUGAUGUCAACAGUCUUCCCCUCUCCUUGGUCAUUUCCUGGUUCGAGCAGAAGGCUGUAGCUGUACUGCUUACCCUUCUUCAUCUGAACAUUCAAAACAUCCGCAUUGGCCCCAAGCUUCCCGCAUUUGUAACACCAAAUGUGCUUCAGAUUCUUGUUGACAAGUACAAGCUCACGCCUAUUGGAGGGCCAGAGAGCGUGCAGCAGGAGAUGAAGGAAAUGCUCUCAUAG